AUGACCUCGUCUCUGCUAUCGUCACAUCUGGAUCAGAUCGCUCUCUGUGCCUCGUCCAUAUCCGACCUUCCCUUCUCACGACCGAAGCAAUUCACCAAUGCCCUUCUCACCCACCAUGACAUUACCGCUCUGAUUAGAGACACCGAACAACACGAACGCGCCCUGUUCUCUAUAGCUCCUCCUCCUGUCCCUUCAAAGUCGCAAAUACAGCAAAUCUCUUCCACCUUCACCACUUCUGCCUCACGAUCAAUCGUUGCACCAAACACUCAAAGACCACCUCGUCGCCAUACUGCUGUCGCUGCAGUUCUGGGUGGUGACUUGUAUCGCAAGACUAGAUCUGGACACAGUGGGAAGCAAGCCAAGGGUGAUAUCGAUGUCGAACUUCUGCUGCGAGGUGCCGAGAAGCUGUGCAGAGUCUAUCCCAUACCCGGCGCUUUUGACAGAAUCGGCGAGCUGCGAAAUCGAUAUGCUCAAUUGAGUGCGAAUAUCGCCCACUAUGAGGAACGCGUUGCCAUGCAGUCUGCUGAGCUAGACCAUCUGCAUCAGAACCAUGACGAUUAUGAUCAAGACGAUUACGACGACCACGAUGACCACGUUGAGCCUACACUACACAUGAGCAAAGAGGACCUUAUGAAUGAGGAGGACGAAAUUCGUGCUCUGGAGGACAAGAAGAGGGCACUCCAGUCCAGAGUCACCAGUAUGGAGAAAGAUAUUGAAGGUCUGGCCAGAUGA